GUUUUGCUGCCCCCAGGUAUGGGGGUCGUUUUCUUCCAGUCUCAGACGAAACAAGGGAGCUGGUCACAGCUGAGGACACCUGCUAACGACUUUGAACAGGUUCCAUCAUGCUGCUUACAGUGAGCCCACUAGAAAAUCCAGGGCCUCCUUCCCCUGUUCCUCCACCAACUCCCCCAAAGCCACGUAAAGACAAUGCAAAGUUUCAGCGCCUUCUACGGAAAGCUGCCAAAAGAAGUGGCGUGCAAGCUUCUCCGACACUGACCACUAAAUCCUUUCGCUCAACUCUCUCUCCGGUCAAUGAAGCUGAUUUGGAAAGUAUAGAAUCAUUAGCAUCCCAGAAAAAUAAAAAACCUCCUUCCAUUAACUUGCCCCCAAGAUUUCAGUUCAAGGCAGUAACGCAUCGAGUGCCUUCUCCUUACCCCAAACAGAAGUUCACCUUCACUGUAAUUGAGCAACAAAGUCUCAGUCAAUAUCUAAGUCCUAGCCCAGUUCCUGAUUCAUCAUCACCUUUUAGAUCCAGCUCACCCAAUAUCCUGUAUCCUCAAGGAGGUAACACCACUGAUCGUUUAUCGCCAAGGCUCAUUGCUAAAAGUAGUUUGAGACCGUGCACGCCACAAGCCACAGAAACAUUUCAAAAACAACCCCUUGAGCCUCACCGUCAGAUUUUAACUCCCCCUGCUAUAACUGUAUGUGAGACAAAUGGAGACGAUGCAGGACCUCUUUCCCCUAAAAUAGACAAGUCUACGCAUCAGACACAAAUAAAUGGAUUUUCCACAUCAAAAUGUGAGGACACAGAAUUAUCAAAGGGUUCCAGAUCUUUACCUGAUCAGCAGGUGUCCACAUACAAACCCAAAGCUUGUAGUCCUAGUUCAGAAAAUGAAUCAAUAAAGCCAGUAUCUACAUCAACAACUUCAGAGAUUUCACACUCUAGGUCUACUCAUGGUUCCAGGACAUCAUCUGUGAGUCAGACCUUAACUGCCAUCACAGUUUGUCAUGAUGGACCGUCAAAAGUCACUGUUAAAGCUGUUCCAGUUGAAGUCAAGAUUUCUUCAAAAACAACUGGAACUACCCGUGUAACCUCAAGUACAGGCAACUUAACGAAUUCAGAAAUUGUUCCCAAGUCAGAGGACCUAACCAUCUUGAAACUACCUGAGAAACCUAAGCCUCCUAGAAAGAAGCCUGGUGGAGGAUGGGCAAGGCUUGUCAAGCACCUUGUGGUGGAGCCAGAAGAGCCAAAAUUUCCUGAAUUACAAAAAGCAGGGGACAAAACUGAGAAAUCAGUAGAGGAGGUGAAGGACAGUACUGCAGGGACUCAACAGAGCAAAGCAAAUCGCGCUAACAAGAUGUGGGAUGCUUUACUCUACCACAUGGCAACAGCAAAUAAGGGGCAAGAGAAGCCUGGGUCAAGUGCUCCCCCACCACUUCCUUUUUUCCGCUCUCGUUUGCCCCUUCUCCUGCACCGGCCUCGUUUUGAUGCCAGAAAGCUAAAAGAAGCAGCAUCACGGCCCCUGCGCAGUGUGACCGCUUUCUUCCACAGGAGAGUUGCUGACAAAGGAACACCAAGUACUUUCAACAGGACUGCGUCAGGGUGGAGCAUUAAUGGGGAGGAUGCUAAGCAGGAGAAGCAAGCAAUCGAUGUUGAUAUGAAACAUUGAGGGAAGAUGGCCCUUAAACCUACUCCAGACCAUCUGCAUGCACAAUGCCCUCUACAUAAAUAAUAUGCUACCUAA